CAAAAAGGACGUCACCAGGUUAGGGGAACAGUUAGGAGAACAAGUGAAGCUGCAGAACACUCACACACCGAAAGCCGAACAUCAGUAGAAACAGUUGUGAAUGUAGUAUUAUGAGGUCAAGAGGCCAGCUGGUAAUGUUGGGCCUUGUCAGUAGUUUCCUGUGUCUGGCGGAGUGCUCCAAGCUGUACCAGAGGGACGAAAAUUACAACAAGAACGUAUCUCCUGGGAAAUUUAGAGGAAAAAGAACAGACGUGUUUAUAUCUCUGUUCAUUAACCGUGUUUCUGCAGUGGACGAGAGCAAAGAGGAGAUUUCACUGGAUGUGUUCAUGUACGUGUACUGGGAGGAUCUGAGAGUCUUCAUUGACGGUGAGGUUAACAAAUCAGAUGAAUACGUGGAGAUCACGUGGGAAGAUCGCCACAACUUCUGGAUUCCUGACCUUUACAUUCGACAGCUUCGUGAUAUGAAAGUGUUGUCGCUCUUCCAAGAAAUGACUUCCAUUCGACUAUACCGGAACAACACUUUGAGGGUUAGCAUCGGUGCCUCUGUGAUCAUCAAGUGUGAUAUGGAUUUCGUUCUGUACCCGCUGGACGUUCAGAAGUGCGCUGUUGACUUCAGCAGCUAUAAAUACACCAUGUCAACCAUGAAUUUUAGUUGGCAUUCCCCAUCCCUAAGCUUGCCAAGUGACUUUGGGGAUGGUUAUCGACUACCUAAGUACGUCGUCUCCUUCACUACGGAAGACAAAAACCAGAUCAUACACUAUGGAGAAGGCAAUCACUCCACUGCUAGAAUGCACAUAAUAAUGAGGAGGGAGUUGCGAAGUUACUUGCUGGAGAGCUAUUUGCCAAGUUCGCUGUUUGUCAUUAUGUCUUGGGGAAGCUUUGUGGUGAUUCCUGACAUGGUGCCUGGCAGAAUGGUUCUCCUAGUCACUACACUUCUCUCUCUUGUCACCAUGUUUGACACAGUAAGAAAUAACUCGCCAAAUGCACUGGAACUAAAAUGCAUUGAAGUAUGGCUCAUAUCCUGCACACUGUUCGUGUUCUUUGCAUUGCUGGAAUAUUUUGUUGUGCUGUUUGGAAUACGUUAUGACAAGUACUGGCGCCACAAGAAACAAGACUUGGAGCGGAUAAAUGCAACAACUUGGGAACGCCCCAAUGAAAAUGCUCAUCCAACAUUAGCAGCAGUAGCAGCAGCUGCUACUGCUGCUGCAGCUAGUAAUAACAUCAACACUACCAAUCACCAUCGACCCACACAAUUACCUCCAUUGCUGCAUCAUCGUGUCAGUAACAACAGAGUGGAUAACUUACGGUUAUUUGGGGGCAACAGUAAAAUUAUGCCCCAGGAAGAGACACAGGAUCACCACGCAAAAGAGAUGACCUCACCUCGAACAACAGUAAUUAGGGAUCAACAUGCUGCUGGCGGUGAGGGGCCAGAACCACUGGCCAGACGGAAGUUCCGGAUGGUAGCCGAAUAUGUGGUUCUCUACUGUGGUUCACAACGGGGAAUGGUGGAUCAGGUUUCCUUAGUGCUUUUUCCUAUUUGCUUCAUGCUUUUCACAAUUAUAUAUUGGAUAUCAUAUGUGAGUGAAUCCAGAAUACGUGCAAAUGUCUGACCAGAGAUUUUCAGACGCUAUAGAAUACAAUCAGUUCAUUUCCACCACUACAAGAAGAGUCUGAAUUAUGGUCUACCAUAGGAUCAGUGAGAUGUGUGCAAUGAAUGCAUAUGCCAGGAUCCAUCAGUGAACUAGGAGAACAGUGUUAUAUAGUGGGUUCUGUGCAAAGCAGAUGACACCUCAAUCACUUCUAUUACAAGAGUGAAACUCUAAAAAAGAAUGCAUUGUUCAGAAAUAAUACGGUUGUUUAAAAGAACAGCCAUUCAAGUUUUAAAAUGUAAUAACGUAAUCAAACUCAUUUUAUAACAUUUAAAACUCUUCUACAUUUCAAUGAGAAUUUUCUCUUAGCAAUUUUAUAAUCAUCUCUGAAAUCAAAGCUUGAAUGUGCAUCUAAUAGGGUUCUAACAAAUGAGUUUCCUUAAAUUCAUCUGAGCUACAGUAUUUUUCCCAGUAAACAUUAAUGUCAAUUUAGCAUUUGAAAAAUAUUUUCUAUUAUCUUACAGCAUAAUGUAGAUCAUUAUAGAAGACACAACCAUCACAGAAGUUAUCGUGUAACAAUCCAUACUGUGCCUUCUUUGGACACUAAUUUUAAGGGACUUCUUGAGCACCACAGCAAACAGAUACUGUAGCAUUAUAAUUAUCUUAAUAACUUGUUAAUUACUGUUGUAAAUACCAUCAAGUGCCAAACCUACUAGUACAAAUCCUACUGUACUCAAUUUAGAUGUAUAUGCAGCCAUUAGGCUGUUCACAGCAAACAUUUAGGAAGGAGGCUCCACACUUUUGUCAGUAGAAGUACUGACAUCCCCAUAUAAAAACAAUACUGAUAACACCAACAGAUGCAGAAUGUACAAAGACACACACUUCAAUAAGCAAGUGUCAACAGAAAGGAGCUACAACUUUUUCCUUGAUGAAUGUGUGAUACAGAUCUACAGAUCUAUACUCGUAAUGUAGACUCUCACUUUCACUUCCUUCCUAUUAUGGCUAGAUUGAUAAGUGUACUGGUAAGAAAAGGAGAAUGGUAUGGUAUUGUACAAGUAAAAGUAAAGCUAUUUCUGUAACAGGCCAUGAAGGCCCAUAGGGUUCUGAGACAUUGAGGCCCCCACAUU